AUGGAUGUAAGCAGGGCUGUCGUCAACCCUGUAUUCCGAUCAGCACCAUGGGAUCAAGAAAAUCGCGAAAAGGAUGGCAUGGUGCGCAUAUUGUUCGUGAGUGAGAGCAAUGUAUGCCGUUCUGUUUUGGCCGAGGCCAUCUUCACACAGCUUGUGGAGGAGAUGGGCAUGGGCAAUUUGCUCACCUGCGACUCAAAGGGCAGUCGCGACUACAACUUGGGUGAAGGACCUGAAGCGUCCGUCCUCCAGGCUGCUGAGGACUUGGGUAUUGUUCUUCCUGAGGGCUUUCAAGCGCGUAUGGUUGACCACGCUCGGGACAUCGUCAUUUAUGACCUGCUCCUGGCGAUGGACAAAUUCACCUCAGCAGAUGUGCUCCGUGAGGUGUCUGUGUACGACACAAUUGCACGUGAGGGUGGCUACUCGAUGAAAGUGCGCAGGCUGGGAGAGUUCCACCCAGUCCUGGCAAAGAGCCUGGACUCGGAGGGGCAGGACAUUGACGAUCCACUCUAUGGCAAUGUCGGGGGCAGCGAGGAAGUGGAAGCUGUGAAGAAAGCCGCGCGCAUUAUUGAGGCUGCUUGCCUCGGCCUGAUGCAGUUCUUUCAAGACCUCCAAGAGCAGGCGGGGGACGAUCCGGCAAAGUUCAAGUCGUUGGUGUUGGAGUCCGUCAGGGGCAUGAAAGAGAUGGAUUGGCUUGUGCCGCCAAUGCUGCAGAAGAAAAAGUGA